AUGCUCACCAAAUGUUACUGCUUUUCUUUCUUUCCUUUAUUUGUUACACCUAAACGUUUCUCAUGUUCACUGUUCUUGAAUUAAACAUGCCAAAGAUGCUUAUCCAAACUAAUCCAGCUAUAUAUUAUAUGUAAGGCUUAAGCAUAUUCUUUCACUCUAUAACUUGGACGUAUCUAGCUAGCAGUCCUCACAUGUCAUAAAGCAUGGUGCUUCUAGUUCCUCUCCACUGGUCACUGUGAUCAUUUCCUUUCUUUCCUUUUUCGCUUCUCAAUCAUAUGAAACAGGGUUCCUGAUCGAAAAGCUUCAUUACAGAUUUGGGUUUCUUUCUUUAGUUGAAUGAUCACAUGAACUUUCUCUCAUUUCGGCUUGUAAUCCUUUUAUAGAAUUGGUUGUGGGUGCGUUCUAUCUUUUUAGGACUUCACCAUCACAUGACAAAAUCUAGUUGGGUUUGCGUUCUUGGUCUGAGAAGUGGUCACAGUAUAUAGAAGUAGUGCUUUUCUGGGUUCCUGGAUCUCCUUCUCAGUUUUCUUGACCAUCUGAGUUUAAUAAAUAUAAAUUAUUGGGUCUUGUUCCCUUUCCUCCUUCAUAGGCUUCAUUGGGUUGUGUUCAGCUUUUGUUUUCCCCAAUGAAAACUUGACCUUUUGCUCUCUCCUCUCUCUCCAACCCCCACCCUGUAUGCAUAUAUUAAUGUUCACACUGGUUUGUCUGGGAAUUCCAUCACUCUGACCGAGUUGGAAGGACAGAUGAGGGUGUGUGGAUUGCUUAAAUAAGCUGUUAGGUACUUAGUUCUGUGACUUCUGUCUCACACUUCAGAUUUGUUUCUCUGGUUGAAAUGGGGAAGCUUAGUUUUGGGAAGGUGCUAGACACUCUUUGUCUUUCUUCUGGCUCAAGUUCUUGUUUCUGCAUGAACUACUCCGAGGAAAUCCAAGAUGAGUUUGAGAAAAGUCCAUUGAUUCCUGGAGAAAAGGAUCAGUUUAUGAGACUCAAGGAUGUUGUUGCAGGAAAACAGACUCUGGCAUUUCAACUGAAACCCAAGAUGGUGAUGUUAAGGGUCUCCAUGCACUGCAAUGGAUGUGCCAGGAAAGUCGAAAAACAUAUCUCAAAGAUGGAAGGAGUGACAUCCUACAAAGUAGACCUGGAAAGCAAGAUGGUGGUUGUGAUCGGAGAUGUUCUUCCUUAUGAAGUGGUGCAGAGUGUGUCUAAGGUCAAAAAUGCCGAGAUCUGGAACUCGCCGUGAUGAUCAUGAUCAACAAUACAUGUCCUGCACGUACUCAACUAAAAGCACUACUGCUUAUUGCUUAAGUGCCAAUCCAGAAAGAAAGGAAUUAAAAGUUCUGGUUUGUUUCUCUCUACUAUUAUGCAGAGAGUGAAAAAAUGGCUCCAUAAAUAGAAGUAUAUAGCUAUUGUCAAUCACAUCUUGAUUGUAAGCUCAUAUGUAUUAUAAUUAAGUUUGAGAGGAUCUUAAGGCCCACUUUGUAUCUGAUGAUCAUCUCUCAAUGUGGCACUACAUAUAAAAAUCAUCUGCAUAGUGGAUACAAAUUAGGUUGAUUGAACAUUUUUUCUUGUUUAUCUUGG